CAAGCAGGAAGUAGAACUAACAAGGGUGAAGCUGUUAGUCUGUCUGCUGAAACGAGCGAUAAUUUUUGCAUUCACUUCCUCGUUUGAUUAUAGAACUAUAGAACUUCCUCAUUUAAUUGUCAGCUUGUUUAAGCUGCAUAAGAUAUAACCAUACUGUGAGCAAAAUUAUACAAAUGCAGUCCAUACCGGAAGACGUAAAGAUCUUUAUAUCAGAUGUGGAGACCUUUGUUUCAGUGGUACUGAAGGGUGAAAACUUAAGUAAGAAAGCCAAAGAAAGGAAAGAUGCAAUUACGAGAAAAGUCAAGGAUAUCAAGUCAAGUUAUGCUCAGCAGUUUCCAGAAAAACGGGAUUCAGAUGACUCUUUUGAUGAUGAAGAUCCAGAAAAUGACAACAUUUCUAUGGCAUCUGAUCGUAUUGACAAAGAUGAGGAAUCUUGCUAUGAUGCUCAUCAAUAUCCUCCAGUUGCAGCCACAGAUUUGCUAUCUGUUUUAAAAGCAGGGUACUUAGAAAAACGCAGAAAAGAUCAUAGCUUCUUUGGACCUGAAUGGCAAAAAAGAUGGUGUGCUUUAAGCAACCAUAUCUUCUAUUACUAUGGAAGUGACAAAGACAAGCAGCAGAAAGGUGAAUUUGCUAUAGAUGGAUACACUGUCAGGAUGAAUAAUAUGCUGAGAAAAGAUGCUAAGAAAGAUUGCUGUUUUGAAAUCACUGCUCCCGACAAGCGCAUCUAUCAGUUUACUGCAGCAUCCCAAAAAGAUGCAGAAGACUGGGUUGAUCAGAUACAGUUUGUACUGAAAGAUAUGCAGUCAGGCAUGAUUCCAGUGGAUGAUGAUGGUGAAACCUAUGAUGAUAUUGGUGUUGAUGAUGACAAAGGAAGUACAGAACCAAUAGAUGAUGACAUAUAUGAAGUACUUCCAGAGGAAGAUAUGCCUAUUUCCUCUCAAAAACCACUAGAGAAGAUAAACAAACCAAGCAAUGGGAUCGUGACAGCAAAUAAAGCCACGGACUAUAGCAAUUACUACCAAGGACUGUGGGACUGCAUGGGAGAUCAUCCUGAUGAACUGUCUUUCAAACGAGGAGAUUCUAUUUACAUCCUUAGUAAGGAUUACCAUAGUUUUGGCUGGUGGGUUGGAGAAAUGAAUGGAUCCAUUGGUAUUGUGCCAAAAUCAUACUUGAUUGAAAUGUAUGACAUUUAAUACACUGAAAGGGCAUUUUACCUUCAAUCAAGAUUUUAUGAAAUUUGACUAAACUUUUCACUUCUCAAGUGGGACGUUGAACUGAGAAGCAGCUUUACAGUUCACCUUGUGUUCAUAAUAAAUUACAUCAGCAUUUUGUUUGUACUUUGUGUGCCUUACUGUACGUCUUUAAACUGGUUACUUUUUUUCUUUUACCCCUUGAAGUAUGGGACAUAGAGUAACUGAGAGGUGCUAUAAAAGGUCAGUGUUUUCUUAUAGACAUAACUGAUAGGAUUAAUUUAAUGUUAUAUGGAAAUGUAUAUUAACUGAAUUCAGCAAAUAAUUGAUAUGUUAAAAGAUGUGAGCCUUUUUAUUACUAUUUGCCAUAUGCCACUCUCAGUAGGAAUGUCUCUUUCAACUUUCUUUGUAAGUUAAACUUUUCCUUUAUAUUUUCAUUUAUUCUCUGUUUUAUGAGAUAUUUGAUACAUUGUGUCAAAACAGUCACAUUUUAAUACAUUUUAAAAUGUGAUGAUUAGUAUGAAAUUGCAUAAGUAAUGUUAAUAUUCGCUGGCAUCUACAAUGACAUUGUGACAUGUAGCUUGAUCAUGAAUGCCUCUGAGUUAAAACUAUCCAAGUAAAUGUAUAUUGAAAUCACAGUAGGUGGCAGCAAAGACCAGGGUCUAUUUUAUGGAAUUUCUUUAUUUUUUUUGAUCAGUAUUUAUACAUUUGGCAUUUUUCAGUUUUUUCUUGUCCUUCCAGGAGAGGAGGCUAUUAGCUAGCCAAAAUGUAAUGUUAUAAAAUUAUUAUUAUUUGUAUAUUAUUAUUGAUUAUUGUUUUGGCUGAUAUAAAAGUUAGAGAUUUCUGCCAGCCUAGAAUUUGUUUUCCGUUUAUUUUCAUUCCAUAGUAAAAAAUUCAGCUACAUUGUGUUGAGUGUUAUUUCUUUACACUUAUUUAUACUUGCAGUUAUCUUAUUAACUUCUAUUAACAGAAACUGAAAUACGUUAUUCUGAAAUAUUGCAUCAAGACAUUAAUUAAUUAUAUAUCUUUUCCACAUAGCAUGCUUACACCGCAGUAAUUUUUGACUAAUGUUUUGUUGCAGGUGACUGUAUUAUUUUUUUAAUAUUAUUUUAGUAGUUGUUGAGGAAAUUGUCAAAUAAAAUAUUGCUUUAAUAAUGUACUCUACAAACAAUAAACAUUAAUGUAAAGGGAAUAUUUUACAUUGUUGUCUCAUUAUUUUCUAAAAAAAAUCAUUAUUAAUACCACAAGAUUGCAUAAUAGUGAAGCUUUAUUUUAACAUACAUAUGCUCUUUUAAUUAUAUUGUUAUGCAAUGGAUACUGAAGAUUAUCAUUACAUAAUAAAUUCAGUAAUAAAUAGCUCACUUCCCUGUUAUAUUUGAGCACUCUGAAUCUGUCAGUAAAUCUUGUAAUAAUGUUCCACCCUGCAAAUUUUUAAGGUUCAUAUAAAGUUUAAUUAUUUGCAAACUGUUAUGGUGCUAAUAAUUCAACAGCCUGCUGUUUAACUAAUGAAAUUACUUUGUUUUGAUUAAUUUGAAAAAUAGAGUGUUGAUUGUAGUAAUUAAGCAAAACAAGGUGAAGUAAAUGAUUCUGAUGCCAUCUGGCCCCUUAACUUAAGGAUAAUAGAUUAACGGGUGUGAUCAGGAAAAUUUUGUAAGGAAAUUGAGAUAUUAUAAUAAUAUGGUGUUCAAUAGUGUAUUGAAACUGUUUGUCAUUAAUUAACAGUGUGUUUAUUACAACUUGGGCAGUAAGGUUUACAAUCAAGUGCUAAAAUGUUCCAUAAUAUUUCCUCAAUCAGUAUUAACUGCUUAAGUCACCAUGUU